AACAACAAGUCCAUAUAUGACAUCAAGGAAGUGUUCGCCAUUUACCGGUGUGUGGCAAGAGCCAGACAUGUCUCAGUGUAACAAUACAGAGUGGAUCACUAGAGAACUAAAGAACAUCACCAUCAAAGGCAUUGAUGAAGAAAAUUUUGAACCUGUUUCAACAAAGUUCCUAUAUAUUUCCGAGAAAUCAGUGUAUUUCAAAAAAGAAGAUAUUGACUUGGCUGUAGUUGUACUUGAGAAAAUGGUGCCAUUGACAUCGAAUGUGUCCGUCAAUAUAACACUGAACAACGUACUUCCUAGUAUCAACAGUAUGAUAAACACACCGGAGAAGAUUUUGUUUGAGGCAGAACAAUUUAAUAGAAGUGUCAACAGAAUUCUGGACAUCAUAGAAACAAUCCCAGAACAGAUUCCACUGGGAGAGCAGUCAGUCACAGCUUUAUAUUCUAAUCUUGGUAUUGGUGCUGCCAAAGUGGAGAAGGACACUUUCAACGGCCUCACUUAUGCUGUUUCAUAUGGAACCAAUGAAACGGAAGCAAGUACUGAGAUACAUCAGGACUCUGACUCAAAAAUAGAUGAUACGAUGGACUUCAUUUCUUUACCAAAGAGUUUAUUAAAACAUAUGAAAGACGAAGAACUGUUAAACAUUUCAAGGAUUUCCAUGGUCAGUUUGCGGGACGAUAAGCUAUAUAGGGUAACACAAAUCUAAUACCAAAGCAAAUACUAAAAUUAACAGCCAUAUUUUUGCUGUAAAUAUUCCUAACGUUCAUGCCCCAGUUACCAAUCUUGAUGAACCAAUUAGAAUAUUACUCCAUGUAACA